GACGGACCGGAAGCAGCGUGAGUAUCAGGAGCUUUUCGAAGUGGUAAAUGUGCUGAGGUUUCUCCCAGCUUCUUUCCUUUGUCAGUGUUGGAAACUUCUGCUGCUGCAUUUGUCUGGACCCAGCUGCCUGCAGCGCAGAUAAGAUGUUGAGAAGUGCAUCAGCACAGAUUUUCAGACAGAUGGUGAGAAACAGGAGUACAGACACAAGCCUCAUCCUGGAAAGAUCGAUAAACCGGGUGCAGCUGUUGGGACGGGUUGGUCAGGACCCGGUGAUGAGACAAGUGGACGGUCGUAACCCCGUCACCAUCUUCUCACUGGCGACAAACGAGAUGUGGCGCUCUGGAGACGGAGAGCUAAACUCAACAGGUGACGUCAGUCAGAAGACGAUGUGGCAUCGCAUCUCGGUGUUCAAACCGGGUCUGAGAGAUGUCGCCUAUCAGCACGUCAAGAAAGGGGCCAGGAUUCUAGUGGAGGGCAAACUGGAUUACGGAGAGUACAUGGAUAAAAACCAAGUGAGACGUCAGGCCACAACCAUUAUUGCAGAGAAUAUAGUGUUUCUGAGCGACAACAGAGACAAAAUCUGAAAUCCUAUCAACAGGAUAACUUCUAGUUUUUGUUUUUCUUUGUACUGAAGACUCUUUCGUGACAGAAUAAGAUCAUGUUUGACUUUGGCGCCCUCUGCUGGUGAAAAUGAAGACACGAGACGUCAAGAGGAGCAGAAGGAAGCUGCUCUGGUUCUAAAUAUUCACCGGUUGUGCUCUGUGCACAUCAACAAAAAUAGUUAAAAAUGUGUUGAAACUGUAAUAAUUUGUUCAUUUUGUUUCGUUUUCCUUUUUAAAUUGUGAGGUUUUAAAAAAUUGAG